CCUGGUUUUAGAUAAAACAGAAGAAUAUAUAAGAGACCCGAAUGAUAGUUUUGUUGUAACGGAUAAAACGAGGAGUAUUGGUUUAAUUGUUGCCAGGGGAACUUCGGUUGCUUUAAUUACACCCGUAGAAGGAACACAAGAAAUAUCCAAUCCAUUUAUAACACAAGAAAAAUAA